CAUGGAGCGCUACUACCGCCUGCUCCGCGCCGCCGCGCUGCUGGAGGCCGCCGCCGAAACUGCAGUACCCAUCUGUGCAAAGGACAUCAGUGAUGAUCUGAUGAAAGAGUUUGCUUUUCUGUCUGGUGGAAGGGGGAAGGACAAGGCUUGGAUCAUCACCCUGCCCGACAACGCUGGCUUCAACCAGGUGCCCGAGGAGAGCGUGGCCAGGGUCCUGACCUACCUGACCUCAGUGCCAAGUCAGCAUGAGUCUGACACUAAAUUUAUCCUAAUCCUGGAUAGAAGACUGGACACAUGGACAUCAGUCAAAACGACUCUCCAAAAAAUAGCAGCCUCCUUCCCAGGGAACCUGCACCUGGUGAUGGUUCUGCGGCCCACGGGGUUUUUCCAGCGCACCUUCACCGACAUCGGCUUUCGCUUCAGCCAGGAGGAUUUCCUGCUCAAGUUACCGGUGGUGAUGCUGAGCUCGGUCAGUGACCUGCUGACGUACAUCGAGGAGCAGCAGCUGACCCCCGAGCUGGGGGGCACGCUGGAGUACUGCCACAGCGAGUGGGUCAUCUUCAGGACGGCCAUCGAGAGCUUUGCCCUGACCGUGAAGGAGAUUGCCCAGAUGCUGCAGUGCUUCGGCACGGAGCUGGCGGAGGCCGAGCUGCCCGAGGACAUGCGCUCCAUCGAGCGCCUGCUGGCCCUGCGCACCGAGAGGUACUGCCAGCUCAAGGAAGAUAUCACAGCAGUCACAAAAGAGGGAAACUUGCUUUUGAGCAGUUUUGAAGAGCCAGAGCCAGGGGAAUGCAGCCAGGAGCAGCAGCCAGAGAGGCCUGGGGACUGGGAGACGGUGAAUCGGUUGCUGGGUCAGCUGCGAGAGAUGGAGACUGCUUUUGAUGGCUUCUGGGAAAAGCACCAGUUAAAAAUGGAGCAAUAUUUGCAGCUCUGGAAGUUUGAGCAAAGUUUUCAAGAGGUCAAGAAUGCCAUUGAAUUUUUAAUGGGUCAGCAGGCAGAGCUGCCUGAUACUGGGGACAGCAUCCCCCAGGUGAAACAGAGGCUCAAGGACUUGGAGCACUUCGAUGGCAUGGCUCAGGAGCUGAUGGGCAAGGCUCAGGUGGUGAUCCUGCACGGGCACCAGCUGGCAGCCAACCACCACUACGCCCUGAACCUGAUCUGCCAGCAGUGCAACGAGCUGCGGCACCACUGCGACCUGCUGGCUGAGCACGGCAAGAGGAAGCAGGUGCGCCUGCAGAAGACCUUGGAGCUCCACAGCCGCCUUCAGCAGGCUCUGCAGUGCUGUGAUGAAGGUGCCUACCUGCUCGCCAACCAGCAGAUGGACAAGUGCCAGUCUAAAGAAGGCGCUCAGAAAGCGCUCCAGGACAUAGAAAGAUUUCUUGAAAGCUCUUCGUCCUACUUAAACCAUGAUCCCCAAGCCCUACUCUGCGAUUUUGAGUCGAUCUUAACGCCCGAGCUGAAGUGCCACAUCCAGUCGGUGCAGGUGAAGCUGGAGAACGUGCGGGGCAUGUUUGAGAGCAGGCAGUCGUGCUUCAGGAGGCUGCUGGACAAGCACGUGCGGCCCGUGCAGCUCGUGGCUCCUCGGCCAGAGAACCCCCCCCGAGCCAAGUCACCCUUGUUCUCUCCUAAGCACGGUGUAGAUUUUAAUUCCAGUUUGAAAUUUUCAUUCGAUCUCUCUCUCCCUGGGAAGAAAACUUCAAGAAAAACACCAAGUUCUCGCAAGAUCGAGGUCAUGCACGACUACCAGGAGAAGAGGAAUUCCUUGCAGUACUUCAUUUCAGACAGUGAGGACAGCCUGGACGUGCUGAAAGGCCAUGUCAUAAAUGAGCUUAUAGAAACAGAGAGAGUGUAUGUGGAGGAGCUCUUCACUGUCCUGACGGGCUACAGAGCUGAGAUGGAUAACCCUGCCAUGCUGAUCCUGCUGCCCCCCGUGCUGAGGAACAGGAAGGACGUUCUCUUUGGGAACAUGCCCGAGAUCUACGACUUCCACAACAAAAUCUUCCUGCACAGUCUGGAGAGCUGCCUGGGAGCACCUGAGCGAGUGGGCUGCUGUUUCCUGGACAGGCGGGAGGAUUUCCAGAUGUAUGAGAAGUACUGCCAGAACAAGCCCCGCUCCGAGUCCCUCUGGAGGCAGUGCUCCGAGAGCUCCUUCUUCCAGGAAUGCCAAAGGAAGUUGGAGCACAAACUGGGGCUGGAUUCCUAUCUGCUCAAACCAGUGCAGCGCCUGACAAAGUACCAGUUACUUCUGAAGGAGCUGCUAAAGUACAGCACGAGCUGUGAUGGAGUUCAGGAACUUCAGGAAGCUCUGGUCGCAAUGCUGGAUUUGCUGAAGUCAGUCAACGACUCCAUGCAUCAGAUUUCAAUCACAGGAUAUGAUGGUGACCUGAGCGAACUGGGGAAAGUAUUGAUGCAGGGAUCUUUCAGUGUUUGGGCAGGACACCGAAAAGGGCCCACAAAAAUGAAGGAUCUGGCCAGGUUCAAGCCCAUGCAGAGGCACCUGUUUCUGUAUGAGAAAGCCUUGGUCUUCUGCAAGAAGAGAGAGGAGCACGGAGAUGGAUAUGACAAAACCUCAUCUUACAGCUUUAAGCACUUUCUGAAAAUGAACGCAGUGGGGAUAACUGAGAAUGUGAAGGGAGACCAUCGGAAAUUUGAGAUCUGGUACAGUGGGAGAGAGGAGGUCUACGUGGUGCAGGCCCAAACAGUAGAUCUGAAGAUGGCGUGGUUGAAUGAAAUAAGAAAAAUUUUGUUCAAGCAGCAAGAGCUUAUAAAAGCAGGGGAGAAGCAGCAGCCUGGCUCGUGCUCGGAGCAGCUCCCGCUCUCCUCCCAGCUGGGGGACAGGAAGCAGCAGAGAGCCUCCAUCAGCUCGGAAGAGAACGACUCGGAGCGCAGCAGCCCGGUGCUGCUGGACAGCGGGCCGGUGUCCCCCCAGAGCAAACCCCACAGAAGCUGGCCGGGAAUGUCGCAGUCCCUGGAGAUCUGCGAGGGGCUGGAGGAGUGGGCAGGGCAGCAGUGCCUCUCCAACUGCUCGGACACCGAGGAGGAGGAUGGCAGCCAGCUGUCUCCAGGAAAAUACAAAGCCCUUGCAGACUGCAAGAGGAGGGGAUCAGAGGAUCUGCUGGUGAAAAACGGGGAUGAAAUCCAGCUCUUGCAUGAAGAUGGUGAGGGACAGUGGUUGGUGAAAAACCUAAACAGAAGAAAAGAAGGCUGGAUUCCUGUGCACAGUCUGCAGAUUGUAGUCGGUGACUGCAGGUUUCGGAAUGCCAAAGUUGCAGAUUUCAUUGCACGAGCACUGGGUAGAAGACCGGGGAGAAGAGAUGGAGUCUGACCAGGCAUUCCCAGGACUUUUGCCUCCUCCCUGCUGUAGCUCACUCCCCGUGUGAGCAGCAGGUACCUAAGCAAACUCCUCCUGCUGCAAAGACAUCGUGGCCUGACCCCAGCACUCCAAAGGCAAUACUUCCUCCCUGCUGCCUCACUCCUGCCCUCACUGCUGCCUGCUGGUUAAUCCAUCCUUAGAUGAAGUUUAUUACAAACAGGUUGCCAGGUUUCAGCCAAAGGCUCGGAGUCUCCAAACCCAGAGUUCUCAUUUUCUAGCUGUAACUGUACAUAGAAAUAGACAGGGAAGCAUAAGAGAUGACACAAGAAAAUGCCUUAAGAGCAGCCUGCUGCCCUUGCCAUGUCCACAGUGUCACUGCUCCAUGUGUUGCCUCAUCACCACGCUGUCCUCUGCAAGUGGGAGAGCAGGGCUGGAGAUGGAACAGCUCAGGAAGCCCACACAGACUUAGUCCAUUAAGAAAUAAAUAAAUAAAAUUGCUAGCUAUAACUGUAUGAAGCAAGUUUUGCAAGGAGAUUUCUCCUUAAAUACUUCUUUCUGUCAGAAUCUAUUUUUUUGAUGGAGGUGAAGGAAGCCAUCUGAAAGGCUUAGAAUUCCAGUCAGCUCUUGAUGGUUUUUUGGUAUUUCAGUGAAAUCCUCCUAUACAGGAAGGUUUUUUUAUCCCCUUUGUUGCAGGACACUCAGAUCUCAGAGGCUGAAGGUUUGCUGAUUUUCUGUAAGGGGUAGCUUGCUACCAGUGUUCAGAGUUUACUGGCACCCUGUUUUCAAGAUGUUUUAUGGCUCCCUUGAUCUUCUCUCCAUGUGUAGCUAUCCCUUCUCACCAGGUCCUAUGCAGAAGGGUUUUCCAGCUGUGAAUGCAUCUCAAAAAAAGGUGCUGGGAAACUCUGAACCCUGGUUUGCAUUGUCAGUGGUCACAUCCCCAAAAACCUAGAGACUGUCAGCUCUGGACUGGUUUAAAAGCUGCUGAGUACAAACUGAGGGGAAUUGCACGGGGUGGAACCACAGCAAAUGCCUCCUGUGAGUGCCACACACUGCCCAGGGACUCCAGAGCCGUGUCCCAGGGUCUGAGAGCACUGGGGCUCUGUUUUCCCUGCCAAGGUAACCGUUCUCUUUGCUGUUUCUGAUGGUGCUGCAGUCCCAAGGCACGAUCCUACCUUACACACACCCCAGGAAAUACUGGGGAUGGCGUAGGAUGUUCUCUUGCUGCUUCCUAGAGCUAUUCCUGGAGCUUUUCAGCAGUGUGUCCUUACAGCCAUAAGCAGCUUGCACUCUAGAUUGAUUUUCCUGCAGUAUUCUGCGCUCAGCAUUGCCUUUCCCCCGGGGCUGGUCCCUUUUCCCUGCCGGUGACUCUGGCUCCUUGCAGAGGGCCGGGCUGGCUCCUGGCUGCUGCCUCGGAAGAUGGAGCUCUUGCUCCAGGAUAGCAGAGGGAGACUUGGGCAGCCAGCUCUGGAGCCAGGCAGGGGCAGAGGGAGCCCCAGAGCCCUCGGGAGUGUGAGCUGCUCGUGCUGAGAUGCUGGCUUGCAUGUUGGCAGUGUGAGCUUGACCUUGUGGGGUCCCCGGCAGCUUGGAGAGUUUUGGGGUCGCUUCAGUGCUGGGGGAGAGGCAGGUCUGGCACUUGUGGGGGCAGUGCCUGUCUUACUGCUCAGCUCCCCAGUUAAAACUGUGCCCAGUCACAGAAUUUCACAGCAGAAUUCAUACAAAUCUGGGGUUUGGGAUUUUUUUCAGGGUGAAGCCUUUAGCUGAAUAGAAUAAAUGGUUUCCUUACCUUCACUUUUCUCCUUACAUUUGUCCUGUGGCCCCACAGGAUGGCUGAUACCUGCAUGCCUACAAGCUGUUCCUCUCCCCUCCUGCUACUUAUUCCAGUGUUGAGCCAAUGCAGAUCACAAUGAAGUCACAGGGAGCUCUUUGCUGUCCAUUUUAAGUUAGCAGAGGGGUAUUUGGUGAAUGCUUU